AUCUAUCUCUCAAGAGUCCAGAGUCUCUCUUCAACUGAAUCCUCUAAUUCUCAUUUCCAUUUUCAUUUUCCUCCAUCUUCGCUCUUGUUCUCAAGAAAAUAUUUUCAGUUGGGUUUCAGGUUUCUAGCCCUUUUUUCUUGUACUGCUAGCAGUAGCUAGUGGCUGAGAAAUUAAAGCAGUUUCUCCAACUGCGUGGUGCUGGUGAUUCCAGACAUUUAUUCGAUUAUUCCCCUUCUUUUUCCGGUAAAGCAAUUGGGUCACAGCCUUCCUUUUCUUUUCUUUAACCUCCUUGACUUUCCAAGAAAAUUUCUUAUUUUUGCUUUGUAUUGCUACCAGUUCUUGGUCACUCUCUCAUUCACUCUCCAUAUCUCUGUGUCUGCUUUUCGUGUACUGUUCUUAAAUUUUUCCCAGUUUGGAUUACUUCAGCCUUCAGUCUAACAUUUCCCAUCUCUCUUGCUCCUACAGACACUCCCUUUUUUAGUGCAGCUUUCCUUGAAAUUUAUCGUCCUUUAAUAACACUUUUUGAGAGAGAAAGAAAGAGAGAAAGCAUUCAAUCCUCUCCGUUUCAAGCUUCUCUUUAACGUUGUGUUCUUUCUCUCAACUUUCUUUAUAUCCUCUCUCUCUUUCCUUAUUCUCCCUGGUGUCUGGUCAAAAAGGAACCUCCACCCUUUUCUUUUCUCCCCUCUAUUUCACGCUUUCCUCCUCCCUCUCCCCACGUUCACUUCACUUUCAAUGCGAAUCUCCAAAAUCUGAAAAAGAUUAGAGAGAACAAAAACCCUCGAAAUGGAUCAAGAUAGUGCUAUGCUAAUGAAUCCAAUCAAGUUCAGUGAGCACCGAAAUCACACCAAACUUGUAAGGCCAUUGUCAAAUCCGGAGCCAGAGACCAAACCACCACCAAGAGUUGUGCGGAUAUCAGUAACAGACGCAGACGCCACUGACUCCUCCAGUGACGAAGAAGGUGAGGUCUAUAGGCGACAGAGAGUGAAGAAAUUUGUUAACGAGAUCACAAUAGAGUCAUGUUCAAGCGAACGCAACGCUAUUUGGAGAAGUAGGUCAUCGAGGAAUAUCCGGAGAAGGUCUACCGCCGGAAAAUCGGGCGGUGGUCAGGCGAGGCUGCCGCCGGUGAAGGCUACAGCAGCAGGAGCAGGGAAGAAGUUCCGAGGUGUGCGACAGAGACCUUGGGGAAAAUGGGCGGCUGAGAUCAGAGAUCCUCUUAGACGUGUACGGUUGUGGUUGGGUACCUACGACACUGCUGAAGAAGCUGCAAUGGUCUAUGACAACGCGGCUAUCCAACUACGUGGACCCGACGCGCUCACAAACUUUGUUACCCCUCCAGCUAAAGAUUCGCCGCCAGAAAAGCCGGCUGUAAGCUCCGACUACAACUCCGGCGAGGAGUCUCACAACAACAACACCAUCUGCUCUCCAACUUCUGUUCUUAGGUUUCCCUCCUCAACUUCCUCCAACGAAGAAGCCGAAUCUCAAAGUAGAGUUUCCAGCAAAGAAGCCCGAGAAAUCAAAGAAGAAUCGAGCGUAUCAGAGAAUUUCUCGGAGUUUUCAGAGUAUCCUUCGACCAACACUUUGUUUCCCAACGAUAUGUUUGACUUUCAGAGUUCCAUGCAAGACAUAUUUCACGAAACGAGUAUGCAAGACGGAUUUCUAAAAGACGAUUUCGAGGACAUGUUUUUGGACUCCAGUGGAGAUUUUGGUUUCGAAUUCUCUAACUGGAGCAUGGCAGACCAUUUCCAAGAUAUCGAGGAUUUAUUUGGGUCGGAUGCUCUCAUCGCCAUUUGAACCGGCAUUGCCUGUUCGCUGGUAAAUUUCUGUAUCGGCGGGAAGAAAAGUAUCGGAUGUGUUCUAGCGUCAGUUUUGUUUUUGUUUUUUAAUUUUGUUUUAUGUAUGGAAAUGGAUUUUUUUUUUUUGUGAUUUAAUAUUUUAAUAAUAAAAAUAGGCAACCGUCACGGUGACGGUGACGGCAUAGUUUUUGGUUACGGGGUUUUGUGCGGUUUGUUGUGUUGAUUAGAUGUUUCAAGUCGUGAGAAAGCACGUGUUAGUGCACGUGACAAUAAUCAGAGCAAAGGAUUAAUAA